CCCUUGUUCCAAAAACAUGUCUCACAUAGCUGUUGAGAGGAACAGGAGAAAGCAGAUGAAUGAACAUCUCAAAGUUUUGAGAUCCUUAACUCCAUCUUUCUAUAUUAAAAGGGGAGAUCAAGCGUCCAUAAUAGGGGGAGUUAUAGAGUUCAUCAAGGAGCUACACCAAGUGCUUCAAGCUUUGGAGUCCCAGAAAAGGAGAAAGAGCCUAAGCCCUAGCCCAGGCCCGAGCCCAAAAGCGCUGCAGCCGGCGUUUCAGCAGAACGAUAGCCCCACCGGAAUGGGUGGUGGUUCCUUUAAGGAACUAGGAGCAAGUUGCAACUCUUCAGUUGCGGAUGUGGAAGUUAAAAUCUCAGGUUCUAAUGUGAUCCUGAGAGUAAUUUCCCACAGGAUUCCGGGUCAAGUUGCAAAGAUCAUUGCUGUUUUGGAAGCACUUUCCUUUGAAGUUCUUCAUCUCAACAUCAGUAGCAUGGAGGAUACAGUUCUCUAUCAUUUUGUUGUUAAGAUAGGGCUGGAAUGUGAACUGAGUCUGGAGGAACUAGCAAUGGAAGUACAACAAAGCUUCUGCACAGAGGCUAUUAUCACCGUGCUCUGAUAAUCAUGUAGCAUUUCAACAUAAUAUAGAGACUCAAUUUCCAAUCAUUUGUCAAAUAAAAUAUAACGGUGCAUGAGAGAGACAUGCACAAAAACCAAAACUUAGGGUUUUAUGUUUGUCAUAGACUUCAUGACACUAGAAAAUAGAUCGAUAUGUUAUC